CAGAAAUAAUAACGUAUAAACCACACGUAUGAGCGGUGACAGCCAGGUAAAAAACGGAUUGGCCUGCGAUCUCCACCCUCCUUCCGUAUUCAUUUCCGUUAACAAGCGGCUCACGUGACGUUUGUUUUUGGUGUCACAUGAGAGACUCCAAUGCUAUCUGGCUAGCAAAAUGGCAGCAUUCUUACAGUGGCGAAGAUUUGUGUUUUUUGAUAAAGAAUCGGUUAAAGAUCCUGUAGACAAUGGAAAAAACUUUUAUCUUCCCAGCGGAAUAUCGGCGUCUGAUUCCGGCCGCGGUCACAUUGUUCUCGGAGAUAUGGAUGGCCAGAUCUGGCUUUUGCCACGCUCGAUGAAGCUUGAGUCCUUCCAGGCUUACAAGUUGCGUGUUACACACCUGCAUCAACUCAAGCAGCACAGCAUCCUUGUCUCAGUGGGGCAGGAUGAAGAAGGAAUAAACCCUCUGGUGAAGGUGUGGAAUCUCGACAAGAAGGAUAGUGGGAAUCCCUUGUGCACUAGGAUUUUCCCCGCAAUUCCCGGGAAUAAGCCAACAGAGGUGUCAUGCCUCAGUGUGCACGAGAACCUCAACUUCAUGGCCAUUGGCUUUACAGAUGGCAGUGUGGUGCUAACCAAGGGGGACAUCACCAGAGACCGCCACAGCAAAACGCUGACGCUGCACGAGGGCACCUGUCCAAUCACUGGCCUCUCCUUCCGCCAGGUCGGCAAGGUCACACACCUGUUUGUAGCGACGCUGGAAAAAGUCCAUUGUUACACGCUGUCCAUCAAGGAGUACCCCAGACUGGAGCUGGACACACACGGCUGUGCCCUGCGCUGCUCCUCCCUCACCGACCCGUCCCAGGACUCCCAGUUCAUCGUGGCGGGGGACGAGUGCGUGUACCUGUAUCAGCCCGAUGAGAGGGGCCCCUGCUUUGCCUUCGACGGGCAGAAGCUGCUGGCCCACUGGUACAGAGGCUACAUGCUGCUGCUCACCAAGGACGCCAAAUCGCCCAGCAAGGCAGCGUUUGCGAGCAGAGAGACGUCCCCCUCAGAAAAGCAGCUGCUGACCAUCUACGACCUGGACAACAAGUUCAUCGCCUACAGCGCUCCCUUUGACGACAUCAUCGACGUCCUGGCCGAGUGGGGCUCCUUCUAUGUGCUCACCAGGGACGGCAAGAUGUUUGUUCUGCAGGAGAAGGACACUCAGACUAAACUAGAGAUGCUUUUCAAGAAGAACCUGUUUGUGAUGGCUAUAAACCUGGCUAAGAGCCAGCACCUGGACAGUGACGGGCUGUCGGAGAUCUUCAGGCAGUACGGAGACCACCUCUACCUCAAGGGGGACCACGACGGGGCCAUCCAGCAGUACAUACGAACCAUUGGGAAGCUGGAGCCGUCCUACGUGAUCCGGAAGUUCCUGGACGCCCAGCGGAUCCACAACCUGACGGCCUACCUGCAGGCCCUGCACCGGCAGUCCCUGGCCAACGCGGACCACACCACCCUGCUGCUCAACUGCUACACCAAGCUGAAGGACAGCUCCAAGCUGGAGGAGUUCAUCAAGAGCAGCGAGAGCGAGGUCCACUUCGACGUGGAGAUCGCCAUCAAGGUGCUGCGGCAGGCGGGCUACCACAGCCACGCCGUCUUCCUGGCGGAGAAGCACGCGCAGCACGAGUGGUACCUGAAGAUCCAGCUGGAGGACCUCAAGAACUACCUGGAGGCGCUGCGCUACAUCGGACGCCUGCCCUUCGAGCAGGCGGAGAGCAACAUGAAGCGCUACGGCAAGACCCUCAUGCACCACGUCCCCGACGGGACCACCUCUCUCCUCAAGGACCUCUGCACCGACUACAAGCCCAAGAAGGAGGGCGCCGACAGGGAGACGCCGCAGAGAGGGCUCGAGGUUAAGGCCAACUCGGAGGAGUUCAUCCCAAUCUUUGCCAACAACCGGCGGGAGCUCAAGGCCUUCCUGGAGCACAUGAUCGAGGUGGAGCCCUUCUCCCCGGCCGGGGUGUACGACACGCUGCUGGAGCUCAGGCUGCACGACUGGGCCCACGAGGAGGAGCCCGAGCAGAAGAAGGUCCUGCAGGGGGCAGCACUCUUCCUUCUGCACAGCGACAACACAGUGUUUGACAAGGCCCUGGUCCUCUGCCAGAUGCACAACUUCAAAGAAGGAGUGCUGUACCUCUACGAAAAGGGCAAACUGUACCAGCAGAUCAUGCACUACCACAUGCAGAACGAGGAGUACGGCAAAGUGGUGGAGGCCUGCAAGCGCUACGGGGACCAGGAGGUGUGCCUGUGGGAGCAGGCGCUGGGCUACUUCGCCCGGAAGGAGGAGGACUGCAAGGCCUACAUCAGCCAGGUCCUGCAGCACAUCGACCAGAACAACCUGAUGCCCCCGCUGCUGGUGGUGCAGACGCUGGCGCACAAUUCGACGGCCACGCUGUCCGUCAUCAAGGACUACCUGGUGAACAAACUGCAGAGGGAGAGCCAGCAGAUUGAGGACGACGAGCGCAAGAUCCGCCAGUACCGCGAAGAGACUGCUCACCUCCGCACCGAGAUCCAGGACCUGAGGACCAGCGCUAAGAUCUUCCAGAAGACCAAGUGCAACAUGUGCAGCAGUCCGCUGGAGCUGCCCUCGGUCCACUUCCUGUGCAGCCACUCCUUCCACCAGCACUGCUUCGAGAGCUACGCCGACAGCGAGGCCGAGUGCCCGACCUGCAUGCCAGAGAACCGCAAGGUCAUGGACAUGCUGCGCGUGCAGGACCAGAAACGGGACCUCCACGACCACUUCACCAGACAGCUCCGCAGCUCCAACGACGGCUUUUCGGUGGUGGCUGACUACUUCGGCAGGGGGGUGUUCAACAAGCUGACCCUGGUCACGGACCCCCCCGGGAGCAGGGCUGCGAGCAGUCUGGAGACAGACCUCCAGAGAGACCUCCUCACCCACACCAAGAGGAACAGCUAGAGAGAUAGUGUGAGUGUGUGUGUGUGUGUGUGUGUGUCUGUGUGUGUGCGGGUGUGUGUGUGUGCGCGCACGUGUGUGUGUGUGGGCCUGUCUGUAGCGAUAGCCAUGCUAUUACAUGAACCGUGACCCCAGAAUUGGUUGCCAAGCAAAGAAAGAGAACAAGUCACUGCUGCACGAUCUUUGACGAUGAACUACUUAAUUUCCUCUUAACAUUGUCCAUAUUAUUGUCUCAUAUUGUAUUUAACAUGUAAAAGCAGACGAGUGUCAAAAGGCCUUCAAGCUGGAUUGUAUUCAAUAUGUUUUUGUGUCUGCUUUCAUCGUGUCGGCUAAUCAGACUGCAGAUAUGCGGUUGUGUUUUAAGGCCACUCCCUCACUCUCUUGCAUAACUAACAGCAGAAGGAUGAAUUCCUAGUAUCCCUUCAGCAUCAUGUCUCAUUGUCUUAAGAAAUAAAAUGCUGACUAUCGAUUUUUAUUUUUAAACUUUUUGGAUACUGUACCUUCUGGUUAAGGGGUGUUUGAUGUUUUGUUCAAGGCACAUUCUUUCUUUAACCCCGUUAGUUAUUUGUUGUUGUGUUGUCUCGUAUGUUCCCACAGAGAAACUAAAGCAUCUGCUUUGCAGCGGAUUUCCAUUCAAUUAAUGAAUUCAGUUACUUUCUAAAAAGGCUUUCAUAUGCAUCAUGAGCAGACUACUUCAAGGUCUUUAUCCAUGAUCUUACCGUGGUUGCAGACAUGUACAGUCAAUGUAUUUGCCCACACAUCUUGGCAUGCUCCUCACGACAAGCCAUUAUUGUUGACCAUUUUCUAUUUAUUUAGUCAUUGCAUAACCAAUUAAAAACUGAAUAGAUACAUAUUUUACAUAGAAAAUAAUGACCUGUUGGAUCCCUAAUCUGACUGUUUUCUGUGGGAGGAGAAGAAGAAAAUGAAUAACAGGAAUCUAGACUGAAGAAGCAACCAGACUGAUUAAAAUAGAAUCAAAUUAUAUCAAACAAAAUAUGUAAAGUAGAGGAUUCCCAUUCCGACUGAGCAUGGUCAGUGUUCAGUUGGGCAUGGAUAGAGCCUGUACUCAAGAUGUCAAUGGGCUUGCUGUAGGAUUUUAACCGAAUGACUUCCAGGAGGAUCCAACUGGAAGAACAGAUCUCACAGGACAAAAGGCAACCACAUUCAUCGACUCUGAAUACGUUGGUUUUUUUUGGUGGUUUUAGGAUCUCUUGGUAUAUGUGUUAUAUUUACCAUGAUCUUGCGGUCUAUCUUUGGUCCAAAAGGAUAAUGUAUGCAAUGUGUGUAGGUACCAGACGAGGGCGCCCAAUACUUCCCUAUUGGUCGCUUUAAUUACCCUGUUAUAUAUUAAUAAUGCAUAUAAGUAAUACAUGUGAUAAAUGUAGUUUAAUGAGUAUGAUUAUUAAACUACAUGCAAACAGACUUGCUUCUCAUACAUAGAGACAUGCCAUCGGUGGGAAAGUACAAUCAACUAUUUACCAUAAUGUAGUGAACACAUUUCACGAUGAUCGGACACUUGGAGCUUUAACACGAAGAGGGGUGAGCUGGUUUGUGUAAUGACUUUGUAUUGCAGUGAAGAAGUCCUCCCUAGAGGCUGCUCCAUCCUUCUCUUCCUGGCUCUGUUCAGUGUUAACAGACGACCAUAAGGAAGGUUUUCCUUUAU